AUGUCUACCACACCAAUUCAUUCUACAGGCCGUGGAGGCGCCGGUAACAUCGGUCGGGAUGACACCGUUUACGCGGAUGGAGCUAUCACGCGCGAAGGACCGCAGGGCGAGUCUACAGCCAACGAGUUCUCCACUGGCCGUGGAGGUGCUGGCAACAUAGGCAAAUCGCCUCGCCUUGGACCGCAGGUCGUCGAUAGUUCUCGUCGUUCUACUGACGUCGUCCCUGAGCUCGCGACCCGUGAACCUCAGGAGGAGUUCCACACAGGCCGCGGCGGUGCUGGCAACGUCUACAAGGAGAAGCAUGGAGGACACACCAAGUCGCCUGAUCGCCAGGGUCUUGGUGACAAGAUCAAGCACGCGCUUCAUCUUGACAAGGACAAGAAGCACGAAUCAUCUCCUCUGGCGCAGGAUACCACCGUCCUCCAUGGCGACACGAUCGCAGGUGGCGCAGGAGAUACACGAUGA